AUGGACAUGGACUCGAGGGCCAUCUACAUUCUUGACCCGGCCUACAAUGAGCUGAUCACGCACGCGUUCGACCGCAAAUCGCCCGUGUGCGACGGCGCGAAGUGGGUCAUGGGCGUGCACGCGUUCGACCGGCCGCGCCCGUGCUCCGAGCCCGACGCCGACAUCGUCCUCCGCAUCGGCGGCUUCCUGCCCCCCGCCGACCUGGUAUCCGCGAACCAGGUGUGCCGCGGAUGGCGGGCAGCCCUGGGGAGUUCUUCGGCGCCGUGGCGUGCCGCGUGUGUUGACACGUACGCGGACGGGGCGGACCGCUUCGAGGCCAUCCCGCCUGCUCCUGACGGCGUGCCGCCUGACCUGCAUACCUGGCGCACACUUGGAGUCAUGCUGUUCCGGAGCGGCGCCGGGCCCGAUUCCUAUGGUAUACCUUGCAGAAUGCUCGCUGACCGGCUGAAAUUCGAGCGCGUCUGCGAUCUAAGCGUCGACAGGUAUGCCUCGAUUGAGGCGACGCACAACGUCGUGGUUCGCACGCGCGACGACGGCUGGGUCAUUGUUUCGAACGUGGUCCGCCGCGCCGGCGUUGUCGAGCUCGACAAAGUCGCUCGUCUCCGGCCAGUAAACCGUGCAAGCCUCACGGUCAUGGGCACGCAUAGCGGGCCCGUUUCGUGCCUCUGCGAGCCGAUACAGAGCGAUCUACGGGUAUACGCGCCCCCGCUGUGGCGCCCCGUCGAUAUCUUGCGUGCCGGGCGCUCGGGUGUCGGCAUGGACAUGGAGUCCGUGUUUCUCAGCCGCCAGAUGUUCGCACUCACCAUGAUGGGCACGACGACCAUCUACUAUCGCCCCAGUUACGGGGAAAUAGAACCGCGCGCCAAGUUUCCGUUCGGCCACCAGAAGUGCGCCAGCUUGGCGUUCGACUUCCGCCUGCAACUCACAGCCCCGGGCCUGCACUACGCCGACGCGAUGGUCGAGGGUGACGAGGGGUUCGAGGAGGUAGUUGACUCCUCUGAACCAGCGACGUCUGCCGCAUGCUUUAACAACACCGACAUGGCGGUCGUGGUCCGCGGGCCCAAGCUGCUCAUCCUGCGCAACUACCUCGACGUGUUUGAGGCUGUCGUGCACCUCCCCGAGGCGGAGCGCAACAGCUACAUUGCGACAAGGACGAUCGCGCUGGCAUUCGACCGGCUGGCAUCCAGGAUCAAGGCACAUGGCCACCGCUUCGUCGUCCGCUGUGGCGCGACCCUCGUCGUCAUCGACUCACGCGACCUCCCCGCGGUGCCGCCUCCACCAGGCCCGUACCCCGCUGUAUCACUGCAUGUCCUCGUCCUGCCGUACCCUCAGACGUUACCCCUGUUCGCCAUUGAUUCACGGGCAGUCUGCAUGCUGGAUCAUUACAAGAGGAUGACGGUGCACUCGUUUGACAAUUGA